AUGGCAAGCUCGCCUCUCGGAGCACCCCUUGCCUCACCACAACACAUUUCAGCAGCGCGGCCAGCCAUGUCGAAGAUGCCCUUCGACGAGGAUGAUUCGCCUACUCCUUCGCCUGUGAGAGAGGCUAUGGCACGCUCUCUGCCGAACAUGCCGUAUGCGCAAUCAUCUCCACCUCGUGCGCGCGACUCCGACGCGAACGACAAAGUGCGCCCCGGUGAAGAUUCGGACGACAGCAUUCGCAAGCCACUCGGACGUGCAGCUCGACGAAUGCUGGGUGGAAACAGCAGCCCGACAAGCAGCCGCAAGUCGCCAGUCGCGUCUACACGCGUAACGCGCGACCCCCAGGAAUCCGACGACGAGCUAUAUGCUGCGACUCCAAUCAUCUCGCGAAAACGCAAAUCCAUGUCGCCACCUGCGAGCGAAGCGCCGUCUACGUUGUUCGUCAGCCCCGCGAAGAGUGCUCGGGAUGGCAGUGACGCGGAGCUCCCGUCUCAUCCAUUUGGCGGCAAUCAGUCGAAUCAGUCGAAGCUGGCAGCCCUGGUUGCAGAGAAGCGUGCCGAGCGCCUUGCUAAACAGGCCGAAGAGGAGGCGCGACGAAAGGAGCGCUCCGAUGCUACCCAUGCCUCGUCUGAUCUACCAGACGAGAUCGUGGAAGGCUCGCAACAUGCCGUCGAUCCUGAAGUUGAGCGAAUCAUGUCUGACGCCGCGAAGCCUACGAGGAAAGCGAGCAGAAAGGCGUUGCUCGAGAUGGAGCGAGAGACACAGCGAAUAGCUCGACAGCAGGCCCUUGCCCACCAGAUGAAAGUGCGGAAGAAGUUCACCACUACGGAUCUUUUUGCUCGAUUCAAUUUCAGGCCUAAUGGAGAGAGCAACGUUCCUGCGACUACCGAGGGAGAUGCUACACCUUCUUCGGCACCGACGAGCGACGCCGCAGAGGCGCACCACAAAGAGCCAGUCAGCACACCACCAUCCAGUCCCCCAACGCCGCUUGACAGGCAAAGAGCUCUUGUCGAGAAGGGCGCGCUGAGCAAGCUGGUACCAGUGCGGCAAGAUAGUAUUGCUAGUGUCGCCGAGGUCGAUAGUGAUGGGGAACUUCCGGACAUGGCACAAUUGCUGAGCUCUUCGCGCGCUCCACCCUUGAACGCAGUGGGUGCUUCUAACGCUGCCGCCACUCCAGAACCCAAGAAGGGGCUAAAGCUUGCAAGGCUAGGCAAGAAAGCAGCCACUGUCCGACAUGACGAUAGUGAUGACGAGCUUGACAUUCUCCAGAAUCUGCCAGGUCACUUGAGCGUGUUCGACAAGGUCAAGGGCAAUAUGAAGCGACAAAACACUGAUUCCAAGGCCAUCCAUGCUCUGAAGCACCUCUCUCAUCUUGGGACCGACUCCGGUUUCACAGGUCGACGAAAGAAGGGUGCUUCUCGACCUUCAGUCAAUCCGCAGGCUCUGGAAGUUCAACUGCGGUUGCGGGCAAAGGAGCAAGCUCGCGCUCAGCAUCGGGGGCGUAUUGCCGAGCUGAAAGCAAAAGGCAUUGAUGUUCAAUCGGCAGAAGAACGUGAACGCGAGGCAGAGGACUUUGAGAAUCUGCUGGAGAAAGCCAGGCAGGACGCAGUCGAGCUUCGGAAGGCAGAGAAGGCUGCUGCUAAGGCGGGUGGCGUUGAUGCAGCUGGCAACGAGGUUGCAAGUGGAGAUGAGAGUGAAGAUGAAGACUACGUCGAUGGGUCGGGAAGUGAGAAUGAAGACCAAAACAAGCUUGACGAAGAAGGCAAUGCCCUAGUCGACGAUGCUGCCGAUGAGAGCCAUGACGAGGAAGAGGAGGAAGGAGAGGGAGAGGAUGAUGAUGAUGAUGAUGAUGAUGAUGAUGAUGAUGGGGAAGAGAAAGAAGAAGGCGAAGGCGAGGUGGCUCAAGAGGACGGCGAGAUUGAGAGACAGGCGACCAGCGAUGCGGCAGGCCUUGUGGAGAGCAAGAUGGAUCCUUCACAACGGUCUAUUGAUGCUGAACCGAUCGACAUGCCAUCUUGGUCGCAGACACCUGUGAUUGGACGUAAACCUCGCAAGACACGCGUGAUCGUUGACGAAGACGACGACGAGUCUGACACGGAGAUUCUCCAAGACGACAUCAAUGCCACGCCUGCUGCGACCAAAGACGACGACCCAUUUGCGGCUUUCGGCUUUGACACUGCGAUGCCCGGCAGCUCGUUGAUGAGCCCUACGCAGGCUUUCAAUGCUACCAUGCAGACGCCAACGCAAGCCACGCAGCAAGAUUCCAUGGAUGUUCUCCGCUAUCUGGUACCACCAAGUUCUUCUAUCCUCCCGUUAGUGACCCUGGACUCGCAAACGCAGACACAAGGUGACAGCCAAGCUAGCGUCAUACCAGCGAGCCAGGUGCCUGAGAGCCAACAGGUCAACUUGGCAUGGGAGACGCAAGCUCCAGAGACACCAGUACCAGGCAUGAACAGGGGUAGCUCGAACUUGGCUCUUGAUACACCAGGCUGGGUACCCACGCAGGAUGCCGGCCUGCCCGCCACAUGGCAGGCAAAUCCAAAUCUGGAGCACGAAACGCCAGUUCAGUCACUCGCUGACGAUGGCACCCAAGACACUGUUCGUCUUCGAAUCAGUGAAUCGCCAGCGCCCAUUCGAGAACGCAAGCGUCUGAUACGUGGUCAACGAGCUUUGGUUGAGUCGUCCAUUGAGGACGAGGCAGAGCCGUUGACAAACACUAAAGCUGCCAAGAAAGAUGCGUUCCGCGAGAUGGCUCGCAAGCGCAAAGAGGCUCUAUCUGCCACUGAGCUUGCUGAGGCCGAGCGAGAGGCAAAGCGAAUGAUGGAUGAACAGGCCGAGGAAUCUGAAGACGAAUACGCUGGCUUGGGGGGUGACGACUACGUGGCGCCCGAGAACGAACAGGAUCGUGAGAUGAUCGACUCUAGUCACAUCGACGUAGACGAGCGUCAGUUGGCUGCACGUUACGCCGAAAGGGAGCGAGUCGCUGACGAAGAGCACGCCAACAAGCUUUACAAGGAUCUCAUGACGGGCGGGCUGAGGAGAAAGCAAGCCAACAUGUUUGACCUCGAUGAGGAUGAGGACGACCUUGCCGUGAGAAGAAGACAAAUGAGACGGCGUGAGGAAGCUAGGAAGCGCAAGCUUCUGUUGCAGGAUGACAACAUUGCGGGUUUAGCAGAAGGCAAGCAGAGCAAGGGCAAGGACGCCUUUUUGAAGGCUAUCGCAGACGACGAUGAGCGUGACGAUGAUGUGCUGGAUCUCUCAGACGCCGAGGAAGAACCUCAAGCCACGCAGACUCACUCGGACAGUCAACCAUCGCAGCAGGUUGAACAAAGCGAAGCACCACUACGAGAGAUCAGCGGCAACAAACGUAGACACGAAGAGACCCCGGAAGACCGUCUGCCCGCCAAGCAGAGACGCACUCAAGCUUCUGCUUUCAGAGCACCGACAUCCCUGCUCGAGGUGCAAGAGUCGGUCAGCUUCCUGCUCGACGAGCCUCAUGCUGCAACUGUAGGUCCUUCAGUGCUAGAGCUGAGCUCCGAUUCGGAAAGUGAGGACGAUCAGCAUCAACCAGAAGCACCAGUCGAGGAAAACGACGAGGACCUUGAAGAAGAGAUCAGUCGCCGGAAUGAUGGGGGCUACGCACCUGAUCGCGAGAUCAUGCCACCACCACGACUCCCCGCUUCGCAGCGCCGCACUGCUGCAAAGCCAGCAGUCGUCGACCGUCUAUCACUAAAGAGAGGCUCUAGCAACGUCGAAAGUGCGCACGGCCGAACCGCCUGGGCUGCUCCAGCGAACGGCGGGUUCAAGGUCCCAUCGCUUCUACGCCGUGCAACCACCAACACCACUAUCGGUGCCAACGAUCGUGGCGUGACGACCUCGGCUGGCUUGGCGAGGGAGAACAGUGGCAGCGGGGUGAAGAUGGGUGGCACGAAGAAGUCAUCAUUGGCGUACCAGGCGAGAGAUGCAGAGCGCAAGGCGAUUGUGGAGGCGGGCGCGAAGAGGAGGGCCGAUAAUACUGCGCGCAUUGCGCAGUUGAGAAGGAAUGCUAGUAGUGGAUUUGGCAAGGGACUGGGAGGGUCAUUCGAGUAG